UAUUUUACUUUUGUCAGAGCUGCAAGCCAAUUGUUGUGAUAUAAAUGAUAGAUCAUUUGUUUGCUUACUUAAAGCAAAUGAAUCAGAAAGAUGUGACUGUGUAGAGGGAUAUCAAACUGAGCUUGAUUUAUUGUUUAACAAUGUUCCUCAUGAUCUACGUCAAAAGUUGUUGCUUAGAUCUUUAGCUGAUUUUACUUCAGAAGAAAUCAUCAAACUUCCAACAAGUCUUAUAUAUUUUUUACCGAUAAAUAAGUUAGCCGUAUUAUCUGGUACUCAUCUUGCGUCUCUCAUAAUUGCACAUGAAGAUCAUACACCAAUAGCUAAGAAAAUCCUUCAAUCUAUUCAAACAGAUAAACAGCGCAUUGAGUUCUUAAAUUUUUUAGUUACAAAGGUAAUAACAAAUGAUAAAAUACUAGAUUGUAUUGGUGAAACAGUUUAUAAAUGGAAUUAUGAUGUGAAAGAUGGUAAAUUUCAUAAGUUAUCAAAUAUAUGUGGCUACGCUUUGGCUAGACUUUGGACACCAUAUGUCCUUACCACAACUAAAAGUAUUAGCACACGACUGUUGACUUUGUUGGCUGAAGUAGAACAAAAGCAAAAACAAAGGACAUUAUGCAAUAAAUAUACAACAAUAAAUUGGAAAAAUGUACCUAAAAGUGUUAGAAGAUUAUGGUCAUUUUUGUCAGUCAAUCAAUCCUAUCCCAAUCCAUUAAGCAAAUGGACAGUUAAACAAACAGCUCUACAGUAUACAUUUUUGUUACCAGAUUUUAAUAACAAUGAACUACUCCUUAUACCGUUUGAUGAAUUCUCUAAAAAUGCACUAUAUGACAUUGACUUUGAGAUUUCUCAAGCUCGAUUUUUAUUUUCAUUGUUGAUGGAAAAUAGCACUUUAAAAGAUGUGAAGAUACUGCAUCCAACAUUCUUUUUUAAAUUGUCACCAUUACAAAUUGAUCAAUUUAAACCAGAAGAAUGGGCUAAAGAAACUGUAAUUUCGUUAUUGGAAAAAACACAUUUAAGUUAUUCAGCUGCUAAACAAAUAUUUAAUAAAAUUGCUAGUGAUCGUCUGUCGAAAAAACAUAUAAGUGGAUAUUAUGAAUGGUCAUCUGAUGACUUGCGGCAUCUUCCAUUGAUAUACACUCAACCAGCUACUUCAUUCUUGAAGUUUUGCACUACUCCGCCAAGUAUUCAAUCGUUUAUUGCUGUUGAUUCUUAUAAGCUGACUAAUAGACAAGCUUUUUAUUUGAGUGGUUGUAGUAGUAUGUUGUCAUUUCCUUCAAAUGAUCCAAAACUUUUACUUGAUUUGAAAUAUAUGAUUAAAGCAGUUCCAGUUUCCAGUCUAUUAAAUAUUGAAGAUGGUAAUAUAAAUUAUGCAGUAAUAUCUCACUUGGUAUCUUUAGUUGAUGAUCAUAACUUACCAAUGGCUCUUUAUCUUUUGAAUAUAGCAAAUCCAGUAAAACAAACCUGCUUCAUUAAAGAAAUGCUGAAGAAUAAACACAAUAUAAUUUUUGAUCAGUUAGCUCCUUUGGAUGUACCAGGUCCUAUAUUUGAUAUCCUCAAACAAUUAUACUCAAAUUAUACUGAUAGAAUAGACGAAUUACCGAAGCAUAUACUGAAUGUAAUAUUAGAAGAUAGUGAAUUACUUGUCAAAUGGACUGGUAAUGAUUCAGCAGUCAUUAAAGGUCUUUACAAUGGGUAUACAUGUAAUUUCAUAAGAAGAUUAAAUAGUGUACAAUUCAUUAUAUUAAUCUCAGACUAUAAUGCAUACCUAAAACGAACAGGAAAAGUUUUUCCUAAAAACUUGCAAGUUUGUGUUGCCGAAGCAUUUAAUAAUUAUCUCAAGUUAAAAUCAAAAUUAACAGCAGAUGGUACCAUUGAUUUAUUUUUAGAAGCAUGGGAAGUUGAAGCAGUGCAAGGAUUUGUCUUGACAACUCUUCCUGUUGAUGUUAUUCUAAAUUCAAAUUUGAGGGAUAAUAUAUUGUAUUCCAUUGGACAAUUAAGUUUACCUGAACUAAUGAUUGCAUCUCAACCACAGAAACUGUCAUUAAUAGUUGACCAAUAUAUCACAGAUAGUCUAGGAAAUAGGUCUGCCUUGAGUUUUGAGCAUUUACAUAUACUUGGAAAUCUAAUCCAUUUUAUUCCUACAACCUAUUUGAGUGUAGUGGAUGAACAAGCAUUUAAAUUCAUAGUAGAAACUGGUUUAAUUGAUACCAGAAUUUGUGUUGAUUCAAUAGCAAAAGAAAAAUGGGCUGAUUUAUUAUUAAAAGCUUUUGGAAAUGUUGAAAAUUGGUCGAGUGAUACUUUGGUAACAUUGUCUGAUCUUCUUAUUGUAUUAGACAAGGAUCAAUUAAAUGCUAUACCAGAUAUAUCACGUUUAAACUCUUCCGAUAUUAUACUAACUAGGUACGCUGAUGAAAUUGAAUUUUUAUCGAAUAAUAUUCCAUUUUAUAAGGGUUGCAUAUUAACUUUGGGUGAUCAGUAUAAGGAUUUUACUAAUUCUUUAUCAACUCUAAUUAAUUUCUACUUAACUUCAAUGCAGAUUCAAUUACAAAUGAUCAGUCCAAUUACUUAUAACUUAAACGAUCAAAAUAAAAAAGUUAUAAUGUCGUCAGAAGCCAAAACAAAAAUGUACAAACCAAAUGUCUUAAUUUCAUUACCAAAGUCCGGUGAUUUAAAUAAACUAUCACCAAAAACCAAUAUGUUUAACAAAUUUUUCGGGGGCAAAGAGAAACAAGAUGUUAAUGAAUCAACAUUAAUCUUAGAAAUUAGAAAUCUUAGAAAUUCUACUACUUCAAGUCCUAUAUCUUCAACACUAAAUUCUUCAAAAUACAACCAAAGUUUAAAAAAUGUAGAAAAUUAUCAGUAUACUGAAAAACCAUUUGACCUGGCAUUUAUACCAUUACUUAGUACUACUAAUAAUUAUAGUAAAAUAUCAAAUAUUAGAAACAAUACUGAUUACAAAAAAAAAUUAACAAUAGAUGAUUCUAAAUUGAUUGUCAAUGCUCUUCAUUUACAACAUGUUGCAGAAAAUAGAAAAAAAUUUCAUGAUGAUUUUAAUACUGAAGCCUAUAAUAUUACUUCAAACCAAUCUCUUUUAUCAGAAAUUGAUGAAAUAUCAACAAUGAAAAAUGGCAAAUCAUACAAAAAUUAUGGCCAACAAAAAAUAAGAUCUUUGAAACUAUUUUUUGAUACUGAAGUGCAAAUUAGUUGUGAAGCAUUGAAAAUGUUAGGACCGUCUUCAGUUACUUCCCUCCAGUUUGACUCUAUUAUCCACUCUAUGAGUGAUCAGGAAUUGGAGAAUUGUAUUGAUUUGUUGGGUUCAUUUGACAUCAACCCUGAAUUAGCUAGACACAUUUGGUCUAGAACUAAAGAAAAGGCUGCUUUACACACGUAUGGUUCUGUUUUGUCGGGAUUAUCGGUAAAUGAUAUAAAGAUACUAGACUUGAACAUUGAUAGACCUUGGUCAUUGGAAUUAAUACAUUUACUUUCUAAAUAUGUAAAAACUGAUAAAAUUCGUGAGGAGAUAAAAAAACAAUUUUUAAAAAAAUCAAAAGCAAUUAUGCCUUCUCAUUUAUGGGGAUCAUUUGGUUCAUUGAUAUGUGAAUUACCACCUCAUUAUUCCAAAUUAAUUAUGCCUAAUAAAGAAUUAUUCUGGAAAACAAGCUCAGCUUUCAAUACCAUAACAUCUUGUGAUAUGCCUUGUAUAAUUAAUUUAGCAUCAAUAGCAGUUUCUGUUAUUGGACAAUCAAAUUCUUGGAAAACUGCCGAAGUGGAGCGUAUGGGAAUUAUUCUCUCUGGAAUUAACAUCACUCAAUGGCAACUGUUAUUAAACUUUAAUCCAGAAGCAUUAGAAGGACUUUCUUCAAAUACUAUCAAAUGUCUCAAUGAACAACAAAUCAAGUUAAUGGACGGAUCCCAUAUGAAAUAUUUAACACCCAAAUCUGCAAUUGCAAUACUGGAAAAUCAUUCUGAAUUCUUAGAUUUUCGAACAAAAGAAACACUAUUACAAUUAGUGAACUUCGAAAUUAAAGUGAAUAAUAGUAUUAAUGUUUUUGAAAGUACAAACUAUUCCAAUGAAAUGCAAGCACAUUCUAAAGCUCCUGUAAUACAUGUGUUAUCUUUUUCGAUCUUAUUUGCUAUCAUUAUAGUAUUUUUCUUAAAUAAUACUAUUUAAUAUUGUGUAUUUAUAAUUAUUAUUGAGCUUAUUGAGUUGUCUA